AUUCCUUUAGGUUUUCAUGCAGAAAAAUUGUUUCCGAGGGCCUAUAUGAGAUUCUUUCUUCUUCGUUGGUUCUGGUUUACCAUUUUUACCCAUAUCCACCUCUUUGCCGGAGCAUCGACCCUAAUCGGGUUCCGGGCAGUCCCGCUCUUGAAACGGCAAAGGAGGUGAAGAAUGCCUAUGCAAUCGGUGUUCGACGCGGCCGACAUCAGGAGGGAGUUCCAAAACGCAGGGCUUGACCCGAAGUUUGUUCCGAUUAUAUGGAAGCAUGUGAUUCAGAAUCAGAAGCAAAACAGUGAGUGCGAGGAAUUCGACUGGGAGAAGCAAGUUCCGUCUUUGCCCUCAGCAGCAUACUCCUUGCUUCGUUCCAGGUUCAAAAAGCCCCUCUCUUCCUCUGUUCACUCUGUGUUCCACUCUGCUGAUAACCUCACCACCAAGCUCCUCAUCAAGCUCCAUAAUGGAGCUUUUGUGGAGACUGUGAUAAUGAGGUAUGAUACACGAUUGGGCAAAUACGGUGGUAAACCUCGUCCUGGUGGUCUGAGAUCAACUUUGUGUAUAUCAUCUCAGGUAGGUUGCAAAAUGGGUUGCAAAUUCUGUGCUACGGGAAGUAUGGGAUUCAAAAGUAAUUUGUCAUCUGGAGAGAUUGUGGAACAAUUGGUUCAUGCCUCUUGUUUAUCUGAAAUCCGUAAUGUUGUUUUUAUGGGAAUGGGAGAGCCUUUGAAUAACUAUUCUUCCUUGGUAGAAUCUAUUCGUGUCAUGACCGGGUUGCCAUUUCAACUGUCACCAAAAAAGAUUACUAUAUCAACGGUAGGCAUUAUUCAUGCUAUUAAGAGACUUCAUAAUGACCUGCCUGGCUUGAAUUUGGCAAUCUCACUCCAUGCACCAGUCCAAGACAUCCGUUGCCAGAUAAUGCCUGCAGCUCGUGCUUUCCCAUUGGAAAAGCUUAUGGAUGCAUUGCAAGAAUAUCAAAGGAACAGUCAGCAAAAAAUCUUAAUUGAGUACAUCAUGCUUGAUGGGGUGAAUGAUGAAGAGCAACAUGCCCACCAACUGGGGAAACUGAUGGAGGCAUUUCAAGUGGUAGUGAACUUAAUUCCUUUCAACCCUAUUGGUACCCUGAGUCAGUUCAGAACUAGUUGUGAGCAGAAAGUAUCAAGAUUUCAGAAAAUUCUUAGGGGCAACUAUGGUGUUCGAACGACAGUUCGGAAGCAGAUGGGUCAGGACAUAAGCGGUGCUUGUGGGCAGCUGGUGGUUAACCAACCUGACAAAAAGUCUCUUGGAAAUGCAGGUCUCCUAACCGACAUAGAAGAUCUUGUUAUUCGAUGACAAUUUGGUCCCUCAAUCCGUAGGAUUGAGUGAACAAGGUUUCAAUCCCAAAAAAAUUAGUGAGUGAACAAGGUUGUAUUUGAAAAUAAUUGAAAAUAACAAGUUUGUUAUAAGCUAGUUUAUCAAGUGCUGCAGCCAACUUGUUAUAUUUGGAGCACUCACUAUUUUUUUAGGCCUAAUGAUAUGUUAUAAAAGAAAUUAGAGGUUAGUCAGGGUUGUUAUAGGAGAAUGAUUUUGUGACUAAAUUGCUGGUUAAUGCUUAAUAUAGCUUUGUUUU